UCUUCAAUGAAGAUUUCACGAAAGCUGGCAGCUGCACGUUAUCAACGCCAGCCUGGUCCGCAGUUAACGUUAACAUUAGAACGUCUAGGUGGAAUUCGAGAAUUGGUCCAAUAUUCCGUCAUUGGGCCUAUCGUGAAUAAACCGAAGUGGAAUGAUAACGAAUUCUCGUUCUCCUUCCUUGAUAAGUUUUUUGAAAAGAGUUGGAUUCGGAUGGAUUCUUCUGUAGGGGAUCGUAAAAGUUUUUGGAAUCAUAUAAUGCAUGUACCUGUAAGCAUUCAGGAGCAAAUUCGAGAGCGUGUAUUUCAGAAAAUAGACCCACUGGAAGGGCUAGGAAAGAAUGACGAUUUGAGAACAGAGCUGUUGAUUACAACACCAGAAAUGGUGGAUAAUACCUAUCCUCUUCCAGACGGGAUCAACAUUGUAGCAACCAAAGAAAGGUUAGUUUACUUCAGUCAGAGUGACUCUCCUAUUUUUGCCCUGGAUUGCGAGAUGUGUGUAACCUCAGCUGGUGUUCACGAACUGACUCGUAUAUCGCUUAUACGUGAAGAUGGUAACGUUGUGUUCGACACUCUUGUGAAGCCCAAGAAUGAGAUUACAGAUUACCUUACAAAGUUUUCUGGUAUUACCCCUGAGCUUCUGGAAUCAGUAACGACGUCGGUUGAAGAUGUGCAAGCGGCUCUGCGCGCUGUUCUUCCGCCUGAUGCCAUUCUUUGCGGUCAUUCCUUGGAAUUCGACCUACGUGCGAUACAUAUAAACUCACACGGACAUUGUUCGGUAGAAGAUGCGUGGUGUGCUAUGCGUCUUCUCAAAAUGAAACUGGAAAAUGGGNCGGCUCUGAAAGAAUGA